UCUCUAAACAAAACGGUUUGGCUAGAAAUCAACCAAAUAGUAUAUUAAAUUAGUGUCAAACUUGGUGUUUUUGCUUCGGUUAGUGUGGCAUUAAAAAACCCAAACAUAACCCCACUUAUCUCGCAAUAUUAAUAUCGUUUGUGUUAUAAUUUGAUGGCGUCGGACGACUCCGCAAUUGUGGUGCGUGCCAAGCCCGCACGCAAAGUCUUCGGGGCUAAGAAAAUGACAAAAAUCCCCCAAUCGAUCCUUCAGGAUACGAAACUCAACGCUGCGAUUGAAUCCCUCCCCAAGAACUACAAUUUCGAAGUGCAUAAAACAAUCUGGCGAAUUCGUGAACUCCAAGCCCAAACAGUGGCUCUACAAAUGCCCGAGGGGCUGUUGCUAUUUGCGACAACCAUCGCCGAUAUUAUUAAAGAGUUCACGGGGGCUGAUUCAGUGAUAAUGGGGGAUGUCACGUAUGGGGCUUGUUGCAUAGAUGAUCUAACGGCUAAAGCCCUAGGAGUCGAAUUGUUGGUGCACUAUGGACACAGUUGUCUCAUUCCCAUUGAUCAGACAAGUGGGAUUAAAGUGUUGUAUAUUUUCGUUGAUAUUAAGAUCGAUCCGGGACAUUUUAUCGAAACUGUGAAACUAAAUCUUCCAAUUUCGGCGAAAUUGGGACUUGUGAGUACGAUUCAAUUCGUUACGACUUUACAAACCGUUUCAGAGAAAUUAAAAGAGGUGGGUUUUGAUGUUUCAAUACCCCAGUUUAAGCCUUUAUCACCAGGGGAGAUUUUGGGGUGCACAGCCCCCGUUUUACGCUGCUGUGACGUUAUUAUUUAUCUAGGAGAUGGAAGAUUUCAUCUCGAGGCUGCGAUGAUUGCUAACCCCAAAUUGCAAGCCUACCGAUACGAUCCUUACGAAAAAAAAUUCACCAAAGAAUACUACCAACAUGAAUUGAUGGAAAAAAAUCGCAAAGAUAGUGUGCUAAAAGCCAAAGAAGCACAAUUAUUUGGGGUCAUUAUGGGGACUUUAGGGCGACAAGGUAGCCCCAAAGUCGUCAAUCAUCUAAAACAACGGUUAGAUGCUUCGGGGAAAAACUCAGUUGUGAUUUUAAUGUCUGAAAUUUUCCCCCAAAAAUUAGAUUUAUUCACUUGUGAUGCUUUUGUUCAAAUUGCAUGUCCCCGACUUUCAAUUGAUUGGGGACUGUCUUUUUCUAAACCGUUUUUGACUCCGUACGAAAUGUCGGUGGUUUUGGGGGACAUCGAAUGGGUUAAGGGGGCUCCUUACCCGAUGGAUUUCUACGCGAAUGCCAGUCUCGGGCCUUGGACCCCCAAUUACCAACCAGACGCUGUUAAAUGUUGUGGAAAAUGUUGAAAAAUAAAUUUCGAUUUCGUUCGAGUUUUUCCGUU